UUCCAUAUCAAGUUUGAUAUCUGGAACAUAAUGGAAAAUGAAAAUGCAGACUCUUCACUAUCUUUUGAUGUAGAAGUACAGGACAUCAAUGACAAUGCACCUUUAUUUACCUAUUCUCACGUUAGAGCCAAUGUAAAGGAAAACACACCAGAGGGUGAGUAUGCAUGGUUCUUGCCAGUGGAGCUGAAUUUCAUUGACAAAGAUAAACAGAACACACCUAACUCUUCGGUCACCGUCAGUAUAAUUUCACAGACACCGGCAGAGCCCAAGAUUGGAGUUGAACAGCUCAGUAACCAGAUGGCUCAGCUCAAACUUAAAGGAUGUUUUGACUACGAUAAAAUCAAGACAUAUGAAGUUAUUGUUCAAGCAAAAGAUCAUGGGACACCACCUCUUUCCUCCACUGUUGUUGUUACUCUCAAUAUUGUUGACACAAACUCUCAUCCACCAAAGUUCAAGGAAAAUCAGUACUAUGUUGAGGUAUCGGAAUCAGUGACCAAAAGAGAUGUCUUGAGAGUUGCAGUAGAAGACAAAGACACUCUUGAAACUCCUGCAUGGCGGGCCAAAUAUUUCAUCAUAGACAAAGAUGAGGAAGAAUACUUCCAAAUUGAAACUGACCCCAACACAAAUGAGGGUAUUCUGAAUGUCAUUAAGGGGAAGGAUUUUGAGAAGACAACUGUAACAACCUUGGAGAUCGGAGUAGAGAAUGAGGAACCCCUUUUUGCUUGUGCAGACAAAUCAACCGGCAAAGUCACACUUCCACCUCUACAUAAGGUCAACAUCACAAUAAAAGUGAUUGAUGUAAAUGACCCACCGCAGUUUGAGAAAGACACAGUUCAUUUGUACCUAAAGGAAGAGGAGGAGCCGGGGAAGUUGCUGUUCACUGCAAAGGUUGAUGACGACGACUCUGACAUAGACAAGAUCAGGUUUUCGCUGUCAGAAGAUCCAGCGCAUUGGAUGACCAUUAAUGAGGCUACAGGACAAAUCACAUCGGCUAAGAAAAUGGACAGAGAAUCACCCUUUGUUGAUGAGAAAGGCAUUUACAAAGUCGCCAUCUUGGCCGUAGAUGACGGUAUGCCUCCAGCCACAGGUACAUGCAGAGUCCUGAUCCACCUGGGGGAUAUCAAUGACAACACGCCAAAGCUGGUCCACAAAAGCGUAAUUUUGUGUGGAAACAAGGGCAACAAGGUCAUGGUGCCUGCUAAAGACUCAGAUAAUCCUCCAUAUAGUGGGCCCUUUGCCUUUUCUCUGGGAGGUGAUGUUGAUAAUCUGAAGCAACAAUGGAAACUAGACCCUGCUUCUGGAAUGGAAGGUGGCCUUGUUAGCCUAACUUCACUUCCUUACGGCAACUACUCAGUGCCCCUGGAGAUUCAGGACCAACAGGCCACAAACGCACGUGAGACCGUGGAAGUGAUAGUGUGCGACUGUGGAAAAGCAGACGUCUGUCGAGCCAGAGAACCAAUCUCAUCCAGCCUCGGGGCCGCUGGUAUUGGAUUGAUUUUUCUAGGAUUGCUGAUAUUUUUGUUGCUGCUACUCCUCUUUAUAUGCAACUCUGGAAAAAGGGCGUUCAAUCACAUCCCCAUCGCAGGGGAUGAGGGCAACCAGACCCUUAUCAAGUACAACCAAGAAGGAGGUGGCGCUGCAUGCACAGCUAGGCCCACUCGGCUCUUGCCAUCUUCAAAUGGAGUAACUGUGACAGACAGCCUGAGUACCACCCGGCAGAUCCAUAAUGUGGAUCCUGUAAUAAUAAAGAAUGAUACCUCUGGGUUCACCGUGAGUCAUUCUAACAUGGGCUUAUGUGAAAUGCGUCAGAGGGACGAUUUUACAAAACUUGGAGGGCAGAACAAGCACUUAUCAAGGAAGCCAAGCAGGAGAAUCAUCGACUGGGAAGGCUCAACAAGGCGCACAGGGUCUUUCCGCAUGCGGUCAAAUCAACACCUCGCAGUUUGCAUCGAACGGAGAAUCCACGUGAUUGAUGGAGACCUUAUCGACCACCCGAUGUACCAGCCCUUCUGCUUUGCCUACGAGGGAGACGACAGCAUAUGUGCGUCACUGGAUGAGCUGUCACUCAGCAACCUGGGAGAUGAUGUUGAGUUUCUGAAUGACUUAGGGCCAAAGUUCGAGACCUUGGGCAACAUCUGUCACCAAACAGUUCAAAACAAAAACUCACAGAUUUGAGGGGCACAGCUGGAAUUAUCUCCUGAUGAUUCAUUUAUGGAGCAGAUCAAGGUCUUCAAAAAUAUGGUGCACAAGAACACGUAAAUAAUAGUGAACAGAUAUUAUGUUGAUCAGAAAAUUAUUCCCCAUUGUAUGAUGUCAUACAGGUGAUAAGCGUCACAAAGGCAGAAAAUGACAUCAUGCAUAGUUCAUAUUAGUAGUUUUUUCAAAUAAUUUUUGGAGCUAUCUCUGCAUCCUACAGGACUAAAGACCUGACCUGAGGCUUGUAUACAUAGAAAAUGAAUUAACAAUCAUAUGGUAUCAUCAUGACGACACUAUGAAGUCAGAAAAUAAUGUUAUAGUGUCUAGUGACGCAUUCAUUUUUGCAAACCAAUAACAUUAGAAUCAGGAAUCACACAAAUCUUCAUCCUAUCAACCAAUCAUUCCUCAUCAUAUUGUAUCAAUGACAUGAAAAAGAUAGCAUUGUCUAAUGGGGGGUAUGCAGUGCAUGCACAGGGCACCGCCCCUUCAGUGUUUUCCAUGCCUUGUUUGUGACUAUGAUUAAGAUCCGGAUGGAUAUUAAUUCAU